CCGCGCGCGCCAAACGGUCGAACCGCGACACGUUCGAGCGCUGCUCGCUCUCACCCGACAAGUACUCAGGAAACUCCGCAAAGCGCAGCUUCAGCUCGUGCGUCGCCUUCAGCUGCUCGAAGCGCUGCGCGUCGAACGCCCAACAGUAAUUUAGCGAGACGUCGUUGUCAACGAACAGGUGCACGUACGUGA